AUGUCCGUGCAAUCUGCGUGGCAGCUUUGUUCAUUGGAAAUUGCUGCACUGAACUUGGGCAAUCAUAUAGGGAAAUGGAGACACCUUGUCUUUCGGGUAAAUUUGCCCAUAUGGACUAAACGCUCUCUGAAAAUACACGAGCUCUGUAGAAUAGCUCCGCCACCAUCUUCACCAAAAUCCUCUUUCUCUCUCACCUUCUUCGACUUGCUUUGGCUCAGAUUUCAUCCUGUCGAGCGUCUCUUCUUCUUCUCGGCUCCUCACUUAAACCCUUCUUUCUUCUUCGAUUCCAUCGUUCCAAAGCUCAAACUCUCCCUCUCUCUCACUCUGCAACACUUUCUUCCUCUCGCCGGUAGCAUCGUUUGGCCCUCCGACUCGCCCAAACCCAUCGUUCAAUACACUCCCGGAGAUGCCGUCUCUCUCACCAUAGCUGUUUCUGAUUCUGAUUUCAACCAUGUCUUAAACAAAUCCCCUCGUGACGCCUCGCAAUCUCGUGCUUUUGUUCCCAUGUUGGAUUCUUCUGAUACAUUUGCUUCGGCUAUUUCUCUGCAAAUCACUCUGUUUCCCAACGAUGGAUUUUGCAUAGGAAUCAGCGUACACCAUGCUUGUUCAGAUGGGAAAUCAUCGUCUAUGUUCAUGAAGGCCUGGGCUUAUCUCUGUCGAACAGAAGCAGAGAACGAUUCUUCUGGUUUGCUCCCUCAAGAACUACAACCAUCCUUAGACAGGGAAGUUAUAGUCGAUCCAUGUGGCAUUGAAGGUGCAUACAUCAAAGGGUGGUCAGGUUUAGAUCCAACUCAGAAGAAGCCAAGCUUGAAGAUUUUGUCCGACAUGUUCUCUCCGAAAGUGGAAGACUCAGCUCGAGCCACGUUCGAGCUCAAGCGUGGAGAUUUAGACAAGAUAAAGGAAAGGGUAUUGCAGAAAUGGGAAAAUCACAAGGAGAAAGAUGAAGGAGAAGAUUCAUCAUUUUCAAAGCCUCAAACUUCAUCAACCUUUGUGCUUACAGCUGCUUACGUAUGGAUCUGCUUCGCAAAAGCUAAGGAAAGGACCGAACAAAAGAAAACUAAAGUGUUCCUGGGUUUCGUAGUGGAUUGCAGAACCAGGUUAGAUCCUCCAAUCUCUGAAAACUACUUCGGCAAUUGUGUGAUGUCUCAUAUGAUAGAAACACAACCAGAAGACUUGACAGAAGAUGGGGUUGUCAUCGCUGCUAAGAAGAUACACAGAAAGAUAAGGAAAAUACAGAAAGAGAAAGGAGCGCUUGAUGGAGCAGAGACGUUGUUUUCUAACGUAGCGUUUUUAAAAUUUCACGGUCACCAGCGACGGAGCUUCUCGGAGGCGACCACGGACGGACCUUCUUGUCGAGACGAGCAAAGACAGAGCAAGUGGGGGCUCGGGUUGAAGAAGCCGGACUCUGCUCACGGGGGAAUAGGGAGAACGCACAUGAAUGGAGAGAAAAGUAAAAGGAAUAUAUUCCUUUGUCAGAACGGUCCAUAA